AAAUUAUUUAGACUUUCGUCUAUUAUCAAUGAAAGGCGAAAUUCAAAGGAACGGUUUUGUAGUUUGUAUUCUGGUAUGAAAUAUUCAAACAUAUUUAUAAUAUAUAUUACUUCAUUUACUUGGUUUUUACAAGAGACUGGUUCUCUAUACCAGAUACAAUUUGUCCCACUCAAAUUGUGUCCUGCGUACAACUUACUGGAAUUAAAUAAAUGGCAAUUUUCACCCUCACUUCUCUGCAAAGCACUUCCAUGUCGAAAGCAGAGAAGUGGUUUUAUUGGAGUCACAAAUGAUGUGUCAUUUUCAAUUGUUGACCCAAUAAAAUUGAGCAAAAAAAUCAAAUUGGUUGCAAUUUCCGAUGAUGUUCUGGCAAAUAUCCUUGAUCUUGAUCCAGGGAAAAUCGUAGAAUUGCCAUAUUUUGCUGAAUUUGCUGGUGGGAACUAUAUUUUACCAUCAUCAACACCAAUUGCACAUAGAUAUGGUGGACACCAGUUUGGAAGUUGGGCUGGGCAGCUUGGUGAUGGGCGUGCUAUUCUAUUGGGUGAAUAUGUAAACAGGCACGGCAGAAGAUGGGAACUGCAACUUAAAGGUUCAGGAAGAACCCCUUACUCAAGGCAUGGAGAUGGUAGAGCAGUUGUGAGGUCAUCAGUUCGAGAGUUUCUUGCAAGUGAGGCAAUGCAUUACUUGGGUAUUCCAACAAGUAGAGCUGCAAGUUUAAUAGUGGGCCAAGACGAGGUUUGGAGGGACCAAUUUUAUGAUGGUCAUCCAAAUAAAGAACGCAUCGCUGUCGUUCUGAGGCUCGCGCAUUCUUGGUUUCGUAUUGGAUCAUUAGAAGUUCUCACCCUGAAUGGCGAGAUAGGCUUGUUGAGGAAAACAGUUGACUUCAUAAUAGAGCAGCACUUCUCUCAUCUAGAUGUUCGCAAAAACAAAUAUGAAGAAUUCUUUGCUGAUGUAGUACACAACACAGCGGAUAUGAUUGCAAAAUGGCAAUCUGUUGGUUUUGCUCAUGGUGUUUGUAAUACUGAUAACUUCAGUUUGAUGUCUAUCACAAUCGAUUACGGACCUUUUGGGUUUAUGGAUGGAUACAAUCCAAAGUUUGUGCCUAAUACAUCCGAUGACGAAGGUCGUUAUAGCUAUGAAAAUCAACCUGAUGUUGGAUAUUUCAACUUGAACAAACUACGUCUCGCUUUGGCUCCGCUAAUUAGCGAGAAAAGGUCUUCAGAUAUAUUGAAGAAUUACUCAAGUAUAUUCACGCGAAAAUACAAUGAAUUAUUUCGACUUAAACUGGGACUGUUGAAUGAAAUGCCAGACGAUGCAUUACUGGUCGAAAAACUGUUAACGAUGAUGCGUGAAACCAAGGCUGACUUCACGAUGACUUUUCGAGGUUUAAGCGAACGUACGCUUCGUGAACAAAAUGAUCCUGAGAUUAUUAAAGAACACUGGGCAUUGUCUGAUUUAUCAAAACAUAGGAAUUGGAAGGAGUGGCUUAAUCACUAUCACAGAAGACUACUUUUACAUAAUGGUGAGAAUGACAACGAUAUUAAAAGACAAAAUAGAAUGAAAGAACGUAACCCUCUAUAUAUUCUGCGAAACUGGAUGGCUGAAAAAGCAAUAAAAAUGACUGAAAUCGAUGACUUUUCUGAGGUUCGAAAUUUGCUUAAGAUUCUCGAAAAUCCUUUUGUUAGUCAGGAAAUCGCUGAACGUUCUGGGUACUCGUCGCGUCCACCUUCGUGGGCAUCAAAACUGCGCGUAAGCUGUUCGUCAUAAUCCGAUUCCCCCUUUUAACCAUACCUCUCUAUAGUUCCAGCGUUAACUUUCGUCAACGAUUCUCGGAGUAUUUUGUGUGGUUUGUUGUUUUUUGGCGAGAGGUAAAACGUACAUAUUAGCUAUUAAGUUAUAUAUGCAUGUUCAACGACCGGUGGUAGGACAAACUGCAUACACAUACACAUCGUGUCCAUGUAAUCGAAAAUCAGGAAAUUUGUUAACCACGAUUAUGAUCAUUGCACGACUUUUUUUUUCUUAUUAGUUAUACGUUUUUUGUAAUUAAAAGAUACAAAGAUUUUAUGAACUUCAAAAUAAUUAUUAAAAACAGUACAAUUUGGAAUUAUUGCAAAUGAUCAUAAUCAACAAUUUUUACAAUAAUUUAUUGAGAAAGGGUGCAAAUAAUGCUCAAAAUCACUCUCAAUUUAGGCAAUCAAAUUCCAGUAUUUGCCAGUGAUUGCAAGUGAUAUGCAUAAUUAAUUUAAAUCACUGUAUAAUACAAAAGAAAUAUUGAUGUUUGGAGUGUAGCAGUCUACUGAACUGUAGUUGUAAAAGUUGAAGAGAAAAUCUAAAUAUAGGUGGCAACUAAUUUGCCAACAGGCAGAUUAAAGAUUUGAAAUCUUGUUAACUGUUUACAUGGAGCGAGUUAUCCCGGCUAGGCGAGGUGAAAACUGCAUUUUUGUGUAAUAUUACCAUUCGAAAAAUGUUACAUGAUAAUACAAAACCCGUUUUUAAUAAUUAUACUCGUUUUUAAUAAUUAUGAAACCGUAAUUCCGAACAUUUUUCUGACAAAGUUAUAAGUAUAGCGUAUAUAUAGCGUUUUAAUAUACAAUCUUCGUCCAUUGGCCUAAAUCUACUCACGCGAUCGGUCAAAAUCAAUCACAU